AUGCUUUCCGCCCGGUCCGAGGCGUAUUCCGAAAGCAAUGAGGAGCCUUCUUCGCCUUCGAAGCUACGAUGGGACCAUGUUCGUCAACAUGUCCUACCCACCAACGCUGCACUUCGUCCUCCACUGCCGAUCGCGUCCUCGUCUAUCUUCACGCCCCCGUCGCGUCCUGGGACCCCCACCAAACAAUUCAGAAUCGGCAAGCUGGGGUUCAAGCAGGUCGUGGAACAUGUGCAGGAAGUUUCUGGAGAUCAAAGCGAGAGGUUCGCGAAGGACGUAUGGGACGCGUGUUGGAUGGCGCGUUUUGGGGAGCAGAGGGCACAGAAGCCAGAGCGGGAGGUAACGCCGGGCGCUUUCAACCUCACGUUCAUGAGCAACGCUUCCGUUCCAGGUAUCCACGGGCUGGGCAACUCAAGCACAGCUAGUUUGUCGACGACUAUGCUCAACAAACGCGGGCUGCGUCGACCGCCUUCAAUGCAGUCCUUGGCAUCCUCAUCUCGCUCGACACCCACUGUCUUGACAUUGAGCUCCGUCCUUUCUCGAUAUUCGUCCCUUUCUGCAACUUCGCAAGACUAUGUAGAUACACUUCCGCACGAGGCGCACGUUCUCUCGACGCUUUUGAUCCCGUUUCUGAAUCCUGUGAACGGCUCUCAAAUCGACGCAGAGCGCAUCAUUGCUAUCGAAGCUUUUGAAGUCUCUGUCAAAUCAUGGAGAGCUGACUCUAAUGCAGUGAAACUUCAACGCUGUCUGUGGUGUUGUAAAGCUAUGUUCGCUGGGUCGCUGCAAAAACAUAUCAAGAUGCGACUCCUUGGGCUCUUUUCUUCAUGUCUACUUGCACCGCACGGACCUUCCAGGAUCGACUCUCCUCUCAUGCUUCAGACUGUGCUCCAAGCAAUGUUUUCCCUGCUUGCUUUCCUGUCUCUUCAGUCCGACACCCUCGAAGAAACUCAAUAUGUUCGCGAACUUAUAGCCGGGAUUCUGGGCGGCUCUGCUAACGAAUUCGAUGGAGCACUCGUGGAAAAAGAGUAUGGAAUCACCUACUCAGCAAAAGACGCUGGCUUCAUCAGGGACUGUACCGUAGUGCUGGCUCUCUCUGCAUGCCUUGAGAACGAUACAGCACCAAGCUGUCGAUGGGCAUUGCAAUAUUUAGUGGACGAGUAUUGGCCCUCCGAAUCAGCACUACGCUCAUACAAACAUCCAUUUACGGACCUGUGUAUUCGACGGCUGAACCGUUUCCUCCAAACGCUGCUCUCCCUCUUCCGGGCUGCGAACGAGUCGUCGAAGUCUCUCCUCGAUGUCAAUAUCAUCACCCGCCUCCUUCGCACUCGCAUCAUCCCAGAGGCUGAGGCUAUCGCUGAAGGAGAUUUCAGCGAAACAAGAGCGUUGCUCGUCAUGGUCGUCUUGAAUAUCUUCUCCCUGGAGGGCUCGCAGGAGCAAGAAUAUCUCAAGGCAAUUAUACAAGGAUGGCACGGCCCAGGUAGUCUAUGGAAGCUUCCAUUCGAGAAGGGGUUCCAGCGCAUUGUUGAAGGGAGCCCUUGGCCAUCUGUUGUCGCUGUGUUGACGGCGUUAGUGGAGGAGCUGUCGGAUGACUUCGGAACCCCGCUGACAGCAUUCUUCCUGCCGAUACUCAACGAUAGACUCGUGAAAGAUCCACCGGAGUAUCCCUUCCCUCGUCUGACGGAACUCCUCGACACUAUCUCUCAUACCUAUCCGAAGAUGUUUUACAAACCUUUAUUCGCUUGUGCAGCCGCCGCCAAGGAUACCACCAUCAUCACGCAGCUGCGGAUCAUCUUUGUCCUUGCCCGAUUUCUUCCACAAUUCUGGACACGAGAUGUCGAGAUGUUGCUUGUAGCCCUCAUGAGUGACAGCAAGCCUCCGUCAAAAGCGGUUCAGGAUGCAGAGGGGCCUGUAUGGGGCCAUAUAAGGAUGGGUCAGUUAGUAGUUUUCACCGAAUUGAUUGCACAUGUACAGAGCGUAUCGCAGGACAAAGAGAGUCUGUUGACGACGGAUCAAACAUUCGCUGUAAAGGCUGGAUUUUUCUUCGCGUUGGAGUCACGGUUGGGUGCACUCCUUGAGGCGAAGGAACGGACAACGUUGAUACCUGUUGCCCUUCGGGCGGUCAUCUGUGUUCUCUUCUACGAAACGCGCCUACUGGUCAGAUCCCUGAAACCAGCACCGUGGCUCGCUCGUACCAUUUCGUGGGCUGUCGCCAAUCCGAAUGGUGAUGCAUACGAAGAAGUCGAAGCCGACGAGCCGUCUGCAGUCUUCAACAAACUAGCUGGUCUAUACGUGGAAUCACAAGAACGUCCGCGUGUUUUACAUCAGCGUAACAGUACACAUAUACUGUCUGCAUCCGUAACAGUGGAUAGCUUCAUGCCUGCGGCAUCAAUAACGGAUCUCAAUGCCAAUUUCUUCUCACAUUUAUCGGAACGCAUUCGGAUAUUUGAGACUUAUUCGAAAGGUUUGGUGCGGAAUGCCUUGAGACUUUUCGUGGCCGUUUCUGGCCUCCUCGAUACGAAACAUCAUAUACAGCUGAGUUCCGUGCUUUGGCGGCAAUGCUUGGAUGGAAAUAAUCUCGAAGUGCAGGCGUCGGCGACGUUUCUUAUCAUGCAGAAUGCAGAAAAAAAUCCCAACGAUUUCCUUCGCCUAAUUCGAGAUGAUAUACAGAGCCCGGAAAUCUCAACGCGGCUACGAACAGCGCGAAGACUCAGUACCCUCUCUAGCUGGCGCUUCCAACUUCUUUCUCAAAAGUACAUCAUCGACAAGCAUCAUCGUCGGCCAUUCAAACUCGCCAGAGGACCUAUUGCAUUCGUAGCAACAGAUAUCGGCUCCAGUCAUUUCGUACUUGAAGAAGAUGGGGAGGAGCUGAAAGACAGCAAUGGUAUCGUGCUUCCCCUUGAAUUACGGAAGAGAUUGCUGGAAAUAGGGUGGACUGAUGACGACAAGCCUGUGGACCAGCAACACGAAUGGAUAAAGACACCUAUGUCCUUGUUUCCUAGUGCCCAGAUGGAUCGUCUGGAGGUAGGCAGCUCGUUUACACAGUCGCGUUCGCCUUCCCCCAUGGAUGGAGUCCCUUCGUCACCUAUUUCUACAGGAGAAGUCGAACUUGGGAGAGUCAAUAGUUCAUAUAACACUGUUAGGCGACGUGCAAUAUUCGUGCCUCCUCUUGCCACAGUUCUUCCAGACCUGGCCGCCCUGGUUUCCGACUCGAACUACGCUGUGGCCACUGCAGCGCGAAACACUAUCAUUGACUUCAUGCGAGAUGAUCCAACGUUACUCUUUCGUCCCGUUUUGGACCUGCUUUCCGAGGGGGGAAGUAAUUUCAACUCUGCGAUAUCUACGCUCCGUGCUUUCUUGCAUGUCCACCGCCACCUGCCGCCUGCGAUGGCACAUCAUCUUUUCAAUCAUAUUACAGGGUUCCUCAAGUACACCGCCAAAGUCGAGGCGCCGAACGCACUUGGGCAAUUUGCGUAUUCUAUCCCCAUCUUGUCCCAGCUAGUGGAUCAAGUCAGUGAAAUGUCUAUUCGGGAGAUUCGGAGGGCCAAGGUGGAGAUAUUCUUGAUUCCAUCUGGUGUUCUCUGGUUCCCUCCCUCUGCGCCAGGUGGACCUAUGUUUCCCAAAUCCCUUACCGACUCUGAACUUCAUGUUCAAUCUGGCGUCCCACUUCAGCUAGCUCAGGUCACUGUGGUCCGAAUUGCACAAAACAUGUUCUUCCUAAAUUUGCUUAAACGAAAUCCCGGAGAUGUGCAGGCCGUUAGGAAAAACAUGUCUAGGCUUGUUCUCCCCUCGGUGAAUGGACCUGUUGAAGCACCACCGAUCGAGUUGAACGACUUGGUACCUCGGAAGGAAAUACCAGCUACAUCCAACCCCAAUCUAGCGGCGUUGUCUCUCAUCCUUUGUCGCAGUUACAUCCUCUUGGUUGCCCAAAUAUUUCGCUCUAUGCCCCGCCAUCUCAGCGAUAGAAGCGAGUUUGCUGUUCUCGCAGAUGGUUUGAACCGUUGCCUGCUGGUACAUGGUGAUGACAUCGGGGUCGUCAGUCAGGUGAUCAUAGCUUUCAUGGUCGCCAGUGCGCGUUUCCGCCGUAUGUUCACGUCUGGUGGAGGCUACACUGCAUUCAUGCCUGCUAUCAUCAAGGUCUAUGCAGAAUCAGAACUCAAUCAAGGCAUACGGGCAGCAAUAGAAUAUGCGGCUGGGCGAUUCUACAGCUUGCAUCAGGAAGCGUUCGUCUUUCAAAGUCUAGAUGCUGUGUCUCACGUUGCAAUGAUGCCAACAGUCGACGGACCGUGGAUGGCGAAUCAGCUUUUCGCUCUCUUUUCUACUCUCAAAGAUAGCGCAUCUCAAUUUGCUCCGGAUGCAGCGGGAAUCCAUGACUUGAACAAAGUCCAAGAGCGAGAAGCGUUACUCGUGAACACCGCAGAGGAUAAACCUCAAGCAUUUCUAUCGCUGCUCAAACGCGGAGCUGGACAGAAUGGCGACCGAAUAGAAGUCGCCCUUCCUGAUCAAUACGAGGAUGGCCACCUAGCUCUCGACGACUUGGUCCGCCUUUUCCUUACUGUGAUUGGUCACGAUCCUACCAUCCGACGGGCUGAAUCUUUUCUACAUCUCCUGCGAUUCAUGGCUCCCAAACUCUACGAUGCUUCUCCCCUUGCUAGAAAGGUCCUCGACGAGGGUAUAGAUGCCCUGAGCAUCAUAUUUCUCACACGCAGCGCUGGAAAGACCAAGGUUUCUGAAGCCGCCCAAAUUCGUCCUGUCAAUAACUUCAGUUAUGAAGUUUGGUCGCAACAGACACCUUUAUCGAACGAUCUACACGGAAAGUCAAAGGAGCCGAGUGAUCUAUCGGAGAUGCGACUUGAUUAUCUAUCCUUAGUGAACGCCUUCACUGCUUCUGGAGGAAACGUUGGUUCUUCUGCAAACCAACGAGUCUUUGAGCUUGUCAAGCUUAUUCUUAGGGAUGGUGGGCGAGGAGGUAAUGACCGUGUUGCUGCCUUCCUUUCAGGGUACACAAGGACAUCGCUUGUUCAUGAAGAGCCUGUGCGAGUAAAGAAUGUUCUUGCUUUUCUCACCGAGCUAGCGCCCGUAUUCAAAGCUUACGCCUCAAUGAUUGACUUCUCCGGCGUCUUAGAUGUCCUUUCCAGCUUGGCAAGCAAGCCAUUCUACGCCAAGGAACCGUCCUUCUCGCGCAUGGUGGUCUCGCAAUUCUGCAUGGUUGGUCUCGAGGUUUGCGAGCUAGUUGCUUCAGAAAACCUCUUGUUCUCUUCACCCCUCCGACCUGCCCUAAUCAAGCUACUCAGUCAGUCGAUAUUCUUAUUUGGUAUCGAUAUCACGGAAGAGCUCCAGAACAGAACACCUUCAUACGACUACAUGGCUGGCAUCAUAUUCCCGUUAGUGUUGACCUUACCGUCUACUCAAGACACUGUUCGGAACAGCGUAUGGACGGACGCUUAUUCUCGCGGCGCUCCUCGGAGAGCAUGGAUCAGGUUGUUAUCGUUGGUCAUGAGGGUUUUUCAGAGGACGGAGACCCCUAUGGAUUCCAGUCGGUCAUCAAACAUCAUGUUGGAGCGUACCAAGUCGCAAGAAAAACGCCGAAAUAUGGCUCGAUCUACCUCAGUGAUGGUACUCUCUGUAGCCCUUCAAAUUCUGAAGAUCAUUGUCAUCAGAGCCGAAGAUGAUCUAUCUAAUGCACUUCCUGGAAUCUGGUUCCAAAUUGGCAGCUCACUUCGAUCGUUGUUGGCUGACGGGGACGCAGGAUUUGCUCUGCAAUCGCAAGAUAUAUCUGAGCCGCCAUCUCCUUUGCCUUCAUCUAAAGGCCUUCGUCCGACUAGCUUAGAAGAUCUCAGUCCAUUACCCUUUUCUCAGCCACGUCUCAUUGAUUAUCUACUCUGGUCCACCCUGGAGUUUAUCUGUCUUUAUCGGUGCCCGCUCUUCCUCCAGCUGCGCAUCCUCAUGCAAGAGAAGGUCGCGAUCCUCGGCCAGGACAUGGAAGGCCAACGUCAGCCACACAGUAACAGGCUAUCAUUCGCCUCGGUCUUCUCGAAACGGCGCAGGGGUUCGGGGCACUGGUCCAAUGGUCCAUCACCAGAGAACUCACCGCUCCUAUCGGCGUCGCGAUCAUUUCCCGUAGGCGAUCUACUAUCUACGCCGGUGACGCCUCAAAGGCCCGCGGAGCGACAGCCUGGAUACGCACGCUUCGCAAGUCCGCUCGUUUCAGGAGCACAAGAGUAUGCUGGACCCAAAAUCGUUCAUUUGGGACCUGUUCGUGGCAUAGAUCCCUUCAGGCGCUCUUUAUCGCCUAAUAGCGGGCUCGGAGGACAGAUACGUCUCACCGUGGCCAAAUCAACCACUCUUAAAUCCAUCUCGUUGGUGCAAGCGACAUAUCGUCGCAUCAGAGUGGUACAGCACUUGAUGUGCUAUCCAACCUUGCUGCCAGGGCUAGACGGUGUGUUGGAUGACGCUGAAGACGUGAAGAGCUUAAGGGCUUGGACAUUGGCGAGGGCGCUGAGGGAGGUGUCGCAAGAAACUACUGAGCUGAUGGAGGAGUUCAGGGAGACAUUUAGCAAUGACGAGGACGAAGGAAUACUGAUCGAGGCUGAUCAGCCACUCACGGGGUAG